AUUCAGAUGACAUAAUACUACAGGAGAGUAUCUGGGUCCUUGUGCUCUGGUUCUGCCAGCCUGCAACUCAAAUCUCUGAGCUAGUCUGCUCCUGCAGUACUGAAGAUCGAGGUAAUCAAAACAAGAAGGGAUAAACCAGCCAACAUGAAGAGUAUCUUGAAGAGCAAAAAAGACGAGGCGCCUGAAGCUGAUCUGAGUGUAACUACCGGAGCUGUACGCUGGAAUAUUCCUGAUGAAGAUCUUCAGGUUCACAGCUCAGUUCCUAGCAAGAGCAGUCAGAGUCCUAGACAAGAGGACUUGAAGGAUCUCCGCAGCCUGCAGGAAAGCGUUAAGUUUAUCACACAGUGGAAACAGCAGGUGGAACAUGUCUGCAGGCCUGGCUCCAGUUUAGAUGAAGGCCCAAAUAUCAGUGUGCAUGCAGAGCCGCAUAGUAUGGAGCAAUGCCGCAAACUCAUUCUUGAGUGGGCAAAGGAGCUCAAGAAAGUUGACGAUUUGUUCAGUGAGGCCACAUGGCGAAAAGAAAGAAAUGCAUCGUUGGAGCAGGAAGAGAACAAGGUGGAUUCUGCCAAGAAUAUGGAGCAGAAGAUCAUGGAAUGGGCUAAAGAGCUCCAGACUGUGUGGGAGCGGCUAGGUGUGAUGAGACAAGAAUUAGCCCAGUUUCUCAAGCAGCUGGAACUGAAGAAGAGGAAAAUCUUGACUCUGUUGCCUUUUUUGGAGUUCAUAACUUGGUCUCUACUGAAACAGGACAGCCAGGGUGUUGUUCCACAGCUGUGGCUCCUCAACAAACAACGUACCUGGAAAACAGAGACACCAAAGUACAUUCCAAACUCAGUGUGGAGAUGGAUCCACAGUGCUUCAGUGGACAUCACACUGGACCCCAUGACUAACCACCCAUGGCUGCAGCUCUCAGAUGACAAAAGGAAAGUACAGGAAGCUCUGAAUGAAGCUGAAGUGUCGUACAGUACCCAGCGCUUUGACAGCUGGCCGUGUGUCCUGGGCUGUGAAGGGCUCACUUUCGGUCGGUACUAUUGGGAAGUUGAUAUUGCCAAUGAUGGCUACUGGCGUAUCGGAGUGACCACCGAAUCCUCUAAAAGGCAAGGCCGGUGUCCCAUGAACCCCUCUGAGGGCUUCUGGACAAUAUGGAGAAGUACGCGGCAGUUUUUUGCAUGUACCAAACCAGAGACUGAGCUACCUCUGUCCCUUGUGCCCAAAAAGCUGGGAGUCUACCUGGACUAUGAAGAAGGACAAUUGUCUUUCUAUAACGUAGAGACACGCACACAUAUCUUUACAUUCAUCGCAAAUUUCCGAGAAAAGUUGUACCCGCUUUUCGCACCACUGGAUGGACGCACGCUGAUCACACUGUCCUCCACAGAAGUCAAGCCAGAGGCAUCCUCUCAUGAAAAUCUACACUACUUUUAACUUGACAUAAUAGGGGACUAAAGGAUGAGAUCCAUUUAAAACUGUUGAGAUGUUUUGAUUGGAAAAUGAUGAAAUUUGACAGAUCCUCAGAUCAAUUUGGUGUUGGUGUGUUCAAAGUUUUGUGAAUUUUAAACACUGUACUCACAAUGUACAGGUUAAUUUGUCCUUGUGGUGCAUGACUAACAAUUUGAUUAUUCUGUAUUCUUUCAAUCAUUUUUGUGAGGUUUGCUUCUAAAUGAUAUUCUCCAUUUCAUCCAAAUCAAAAAUGCCUAGGAGUACAGUGAAUGAUUUUUAGAAAAUGUCUGUAUGUAAGCCAAAGAGGCAGUUGUGUGGCCAAAGGUUGCAGGUUCGAGUCUCAAGGCAGGCAGGAAUUGUAGGUGGGGGGAGUGAAUGAACAGAGCUCUCUUCCUUCAACAGCCACGACCUUGAGUAAGGCACAAAACCCCAACUGCUCCCCAGGCAGUGCAACAAAUGGUUGCACACUGCUCUGGGUUCGUUUGCAUUUGGAUGGGUUAAAUGCAGAGCACAGAUUCAGAGUAUGGGGUACCAUACUUGGCCACACGUCAUAUCACUAGCACUAAAAACAUUUGAUUCUAGCCCAUGAUUGUUAUUAAAAAUAAUGUAAAUUUGCUUACUUGCCAUGUAGUGUUGAAAGAAUGUUUACAUUUAGUGGGUGGGAUUUGGAACCAUCCUAAUAAAGUAGGUUUUGUGGUUUCAGAAGCUUUGCUGCUUAGAACCAACAAUUGUUGCUUGCUGCCAACAAUAUUUGGAGAGAUUCAAUAAAAAUUCUAUACAAGGCACA